CAUCUUGCACAGAGGGCUUUUAAACAUCAAAGUUCAUGUGUUUUUUCUUGAGCUGCUAAAUCUAUUCUGAAGCCAAGGGUGGACAUUCAGUACAAGGGAAGUGUUGCUUCUUUAAAUGGACAUCUGCUCUUGCGGUAUGGCCCAGAUAUCCAGUAGCAAUGGAUUUAAACAGCGCUCCUCACCUUCUCUGGCAGCCACCAGGUCAAAAGAUGUGGACAAAGAGGAGGCGUUGCAGAUGGAAGCUGAGGCAUUAGCUAAGAUGCAGAAAGAAAGAGGUGUAGCUGGUAAUAAACAAACUUUUCAUUCUUUAAGCAACACCAGACAAAAAGCAGAGACUCAUAACAAACAGGACCAUGAUCUCAUGGUGUUUCCAGAGUCUGAUGCCAAGAGCAUGGAAGAUAAAAUAAGUACCAUUGACAUAGAGAAGCUUACUCAUGCUGAACUAGAGAAGCUGCUGCUGGAUGACAGUUUUGAACCUAGUAAAGUACCUGCAUUGCCAGCGAGUCCUAUUUUGAGCCCAUCUGUGUCUUCGCAAUUUUAUCUUGGGCCUACGGGUCAGAGAAGACAGUGGACGCCUGGGGUACCAGCACCUGUGACAUGCACUUUACCUCCUAUUUACGCCUCAGCUUCUUACACAAAACAGACUGGUGUAUUUCAAAAUGGAUUCCAUCCAAAUAUGUCCUGCUAUCACUCUAGAGAACCUAUUUAUCUUGGUCUUCCAAGACAGUCGCAAUACAUUUCAUACCCAUUGGCAGCUACUACACCUUUCCAUCCACAAAGAAGCCUACCUAUAUAUCCUCCAGUACUUACACCAGAAAUGGCAAAAGUAUUUGACAAAAUUGCAAGCACCUCGGAAUUUCUGAAAAAUGGGAAGUCAAGCACGGACUUGGAAAUGACCGCUAUAAAGUCUGCGGUCUCUAACCUACCAGACUCGGAAAGCUGCAGGGAUGUUAGUAAAUUUGAUUGGUUAGAUUUGGAUCCCCUAAGUAAACCAAAAGUGGAUAGUGUGGAGGCUUUAAAUAAGGCAGAGAAUGAUGGAGAGAGGGCUUCAAGUAUGACUGCUGAAGAUCCAUGGGAUGCUGUGCUGUUAGAAGAAAAGCUGUUAGUAACUUGUCAUCUGGAAAGAAAAGUUAAUGGGAAAUCUUCUGGAGCAACAGUUACAAGGAGCCAGUCCUUAAACAUGCGAACAACUCAGCUUGCAAAGUUACAGGGCCAAACAUCACAGAAAGACAAUGGGACCACUGGCAUACUGACAGAAAACGUGCUUCUCCAAGAAAUUGAAGGGCAGAAUCCAGAACUGUCAGCUUUUUCUCAAGCAGUUACAAAAUUGAGGACCAAGUUUCCUUAUGAUAAUCAGCAAACAAAUCCAGGCUUUGUGCUGAGUCCAGUCAUGCUGCAAAGAAAUAUAAGUGGGGAGAAUGCCAGUAUCAAGGUUUCUAUAGAAAUUGAAGAAUUCCAGCAACCAGUAACAUUUACAUGUGAUGUGAGUUCCCCUGUUGAGCUUAUAAUAAUGCAGGCACUUUGCUGGGUGCAUGAUGACUUGAAUGAAGUGGACAUUGGCAGCUAUAUCCUGAAAGUCUGUGGCCAAGAAGAAGUUUUACAGAAUAAGCACUGUGUAGGAAGUCAUGAAUAUAUUCAGAACUGUCGGAAGUGGGAUACAGAAAUCAAACUGCAGCUCUUGACCCAUAGCGUAAUAUGCCGAGAUCUGGCACGAACAGAAGAGGAUGACAGAACACCCAUACAUCUAACCAAACACCUUUACAAAGUAGAGAAGCCUUUCAGAGAACCUAUUAUAAGGUCUUCAAUAGAAGAGCUUCUUGAUGUGUAUCACAAGCAAGUUAACAUAGCUCUGAAAAAUGAGAACCAGCAUAAAGCAGUAGAUCACGUAAUUAAGACUGUCAGAAAAAUCUGUUCUACAUUGGAUUGUGUAGAGACUCCCGCAAUAACGGACUCAGUAAAGAAGCUAAGGAGGGCUGUUAAUCUUCCAAGGACUAAAAAUACUGAGGUAUCCUUAAAAUGUAGUGACGACACUAGCAAGAGCUCGUCUGAUUCACUGCAGCCUGAAAACCCUUUGAAAGUGAGUGUAGACCAGUUAACAAGAGCAGUUGAGGCCCUUCUGCGACUCCACAUGAAUUCGUGUAGUAGAUCUGCAGCAAUUUCUCCAAAAGAUAGCAGGAGUACUAAGGAAGCAUGGACUGCCACAGAACAUCUCCAGUUCACAAUAUUUGCUGCACAUGGAAUCUCUCCUGGUUGGGUAUCAAAUUAUGAAAAAUACUACUUGAUUUGUUCUCUGAGCCAUAAUGGAAAAGAUCUGUUUAAACCUAUUCAGUCCAAGAAGGUUGGCACAUACAAGAACUUCUUCUACUUGAUUAAAUGGGAUGAACUAAUAAUUUUCCCCAUCCAGAUUUCACAGCUGCCUUUGGAAUCAGUCUUAUGUCUCACUUUGUUUGGAAUCUUAAAUCAAAGUAGUGGGAAUUCUCCUGACUCAAAUAAGCAGAGAAAGGGCCCAGAAAUUUUGGGUCAGGUUUCUCUACCUCUUUUUGAUUUUAGGCGAUUGUUAACUUGUGGAACAAAGCUCUUGCAGCUCUGGACCUCAUCCCAUCCACAUCAAGCAUCAGGGAUGGGCAGUAAGAAAGGAAAUAUGGAAAGAAUAGUAUUGCAGAUUGACUUUCCAUCACCUGCUUUUGAUAUUGAAUAUAAAAUUCCUCAAGCCGCAAAGACUACUGUGCAUCAUUCCAUAGAAACAUUAGAAAAACCAUUGAGAGAACGUCUUCUUGCCAUUAUCUCCAAGGAUAACACUAUUGGGUUGUCAAAAGAAGAUAAAGAAUUUCUGUGGGAGAAGAGACAUUAUUGUCAUAGUCAUACUAGUAGCCUGCCAAAAAUAUUGGUUAGUGCCCCUCACUGGGACUGGGCAAGUCUUCCAGAAAUAUAUUCAUUACUUCAGCAGUGGCCUCCUUUAUCACCCUUAGCUGCACUGGAACUACUUGAUUCAAAGUUUGCUGAUCAGGAAAUACGAAGUACAGCUGUGAAUUGGAUAGAGACACUAAGUGAUGAUGAGUUAACAGAUUUCCUCCCUCAGUUUGUGCAGGCAUUGAGGUAUGAAACCUACCUUGACAGUGCUCUUGUCAAAUUUCUUCUGGCUCGGGCACUGGGAAGCAUUCGAAUAGCACACUACCUAUAUUGGCUUCUUAAGGAUACACUGUAUGAUACAAAGUUUGGUGUAAGGUAUGAGCAAAUUCUUGGAGCUUUUCUUUCAGUCUGUGGAAAAAGGCUAAGGGAAGAGCUUGAGAAGCAGACCAGACUGGUGCAGCUUUUUGGAAUGGUAGCAGAAAGAGUAAAGCAAACAAGUGGAUCUGCUCGGCAGGCUGCCUUGCAAAAUGGCAUGGAACGUGUGCAGUUAUUUUUCUUGAAGAACAAAUGCCGUUUGCCUCUCAAUCCCAGUCUUGUGGCAAAAGAGCUAAAUAUUAAG